AGAGCGCGAGUUCCCCGGUCUCUUUCGUGGUCUCGGUUGCACAAAGAGAGCCUACAAGAUGGUUCUUCGCGACAACUCCACACCGGUGAUCCAGCCAGCACGCCGGGUGGCGCACGCGCUACGUGCGCCUCUGAAGGCAGAGCUCGACCGAAUGGAGACAGCAGGUGUCAUCGCGAAGGCACCAGAACCGUCCGACUGGUUUGUCCCUGGAAAGAAGCUGGUGAUCGCGGACACACUCUCCCGAAUCUCCGGUGGUUCCCAAGCAGAAGACGACACGACCGACGUCGAAAUACAUGCAAAUGCAGUGUUUUCAACACUGGUAGGCAGCCGGACCCUGGGCAGCCUGCAGGCAGCCACAGCAGGCGAUCCCGUCCUGCAGGAGGCAAUUGCCAGUUUAGAAGCUGGAACUCCAGUUCGGGUGUCAAGCCCUGGGUAUCCCCGCUCCAAUGGCCUCGCGGAGAAAGGCGUCCAGGUGGUGAAGCGGCUACUCCGAAAAGCACAAUCAACAAAAGAGGACUUCUGGCUCGGCUUGCUUAGCUACCGUACGGCUCCGCUGGAAGGCGGUCGCUCUCCAUCGGAGCUUUUGAUGGGUCGUGGUAUUCGAAGCCUGCUUCCAGACUUCUCUUCGGAUCCAGCACCGCCUGUUCAAAAGCACACCCAGAACCUCAAAAAAGGACGACAUCUAGAGCCGCUGCAGCCAGGAGACACCGUCCGUAUCCUAAACGAUGGAAAAUGGGCUACGAAAGCAACUGUCGAGUCCUACGUCGCUCCUAGAUCGUACAGCGUCGUCACAGAAGAUGGCAGGACGUUCCGUCGCAACAGGCAACAUCUCCCGAAAGUUGACGAAGAAUAUGAUUCAAGGACAACAGAAGAAAACGACGACUCGGAAUCGGAAGACGAUGGGGGACCGCAGUCGCCUGGACCAGACGGUACAGAUGAAGAGACAGAGGACCAGGAAGCACCGCAAGCUCAGACGCAGCAGGGGCCCUCAUCACGCCGAUCGGGCAGAAGCAGACAGCCUCCACGGAGACUAAGUUAUGAUGAGUCGUUCCAGCAAAUGCCGUAG